AUGGGUAUUUUAGCUCUGGAACCUCAUCCCCGUUUGGCCGCCCCAGACUCUCCGCCCGGGCUGGUUAGCCCAUCUUCAUCAUCUUACUCCUCCAGGCCAUCUCCUCCUGCCGAAAAACUCUGGGACGCCAGGUUUGGCCCCGUAUCCCCUUCCAUGUCCAGCUACGAACAUAGCUCGGCGGCCGAUGUGUCGACCGCCGGCAAAGGUGCUGAAGGCGGUCCGACCCGCAAGGAUUCGACACAAAGCGCUCCGCGGCAGCAACUGCCAUCACUGAGCAGCCUGUUUGGACCUCCUCCACCACUCCGGCUAUUGCACUCUCCAAUGGCCGAGCGGCCGGGUCCUUACCCGGCGACGUCUCCUCUGGACCGCCCGCGCAUGCCGCAACCUCAAAAUGAUCGCUCUUAUGCCACAUCGUACUUUCCGCCUCAAGAAAGCUCCCCGACAAUGUCCCAGCCGAGGAGUACCUACGAUGCUAAAUAUGACCACGAGAGGCAGGCCUUGCAUGGUUUGUCCCGUUCCUUCUCUGGCCCUGGAUCGCCGAGGUACCGCGAGUCGGAACACAUGCGCCCCGAGUCUAGGUCUGAUGUCGGUUUGAGUAGCAAGUGGUCGAUGCAUCACGACGCUGGGAAGCACGAGUACGCACUGGUAUCCAGGGAGAACCAGCCUCCACUACGGGCCUCGCAUGACAGGAUGUCCUAUCAGUAUUCCAGCAACAAAGACUCUGGCUCUUCCUAUCGGGACCAGCGCUCCCCAUCUGGCCCAGGUCUUUUGCAGGCAUCGACAUCGGCUAGUACAACGACCUCGGAAGGGAUCCCCUCUAAAGAUGGUCUUGGUCCGAAGAUAUGGACGGGAAGUCAUUUCCUUCCCCGAUUCGUCCGUGCUGCCGAGGUGCCAGGCGAAGGGAUGUGUUAUUUCUACGACGACGGAAGUCACUGCAAGACGGUCAUUGAUGGCGAGGCAGUCAAUGCUCACUGGGGUGUGACGAAGGCAGGGAAGCCAAGAAAGAGACUGGCUAUUGCGUGUGUUACCUGCAGGGAAAAGAAAAUCAAAUGCGACCCGGACUACCCUCGUUGUGUCCAAUGCGAGAAAUUUGGCAGGAUAUGCAAGUUCAAGAACGCACCGCGAGGCGGCCACAACACGUCCCCAUCGACCCCUCCUGCUGAACCGGAGGACAUGAGACGCCUGGGAGGCUCGGCCAACUCGAACGACAUGCACCGCCCUGGCAGCAACUCCAGCGCCUCUGUUUCUCCUCGGACCACGUACCGUCAACCCAGCCCCGAGCCGCCAAUGCCUCACAAGAGGAUGCGCCUCGGUUUCGACACGUACCCCCCAAUGACGAGCGAACCUCCCGCUCUGAUGAGCCGGACACCAGAGACGGCCAAGGCAAACGCCUGGCAACACCGCCAGCCAAUUGAGCUCCCUCGGAUCCACGAGGACGUGCUUCACCGAGCAUGGCAAUCAGACCCCAUCCUCGCCGUCGGGGUCACCUUGUCAGGUGGACAUAGAACAAUCGCCUCGGAAUACGCUCAAGUCGCUCGCUACGCGCAACAAUUGAUUGCCCCUAGUCUUCAGCUUGUGCAAGCUCGAAUACUCCUGGCGCUCUACUAUAUUCCUACGCCCAGAGAAGGGUUUGCUGAAAGCCGGAGGCUGACGUACUGGGCUUGCUUUGUGCUAGAACGACUUAACGGCAUGUUUCCAAUCCGCCUGAGCAGUCUAAAUCCUCUAGACAUAUUCAUCCGGUUACCAUGCGAAGCGGAAGUCUUCCAAAGCCAACAGGCUUCUCAGGCGCCCUUCUUCCCGGCGCUCCCUUCGAGCUCGCCCAAGAUGGCGAAUCAAAGUUUAGCAUUAUCGGCCUAUCCUAUCCAGGUUGUGACCAUCUGGGCAGACGUCAUGGCUAGCGUGUAUAGGACAGCACAGGGUUUACCCUCAGACGGACAGCCAGUAGUCUUUGUGGAAAGCUCCAUCUUGAGGCUAAUCAGCUGGCGUGAGUCUCUUCCUGGGCAGCUUGCCUACAGUUCGGGCAAUAUGGACUUGGCGGCUCAGGAUGGCACUCUCGGCACAUUCCUUACGAUUCAUCUUCUGUACCACCAUGGUCUUGUAAAGGCCCACCGUCACUCGAACUGCUCCGGCCGAAUCUCGGCAGCAAUGCGGAUGCAAUGCCUCAUAAUGAUCGAAAAGGAAGCACAACAAUUGCUGGAAAUCACGGGCAUGUUGGAGGUGCUACUUCAAACCCGGCGAACCCCACUUAAAGCACCUCCUCCGUUCAUGAGCUACGCGGUACUGGAAGCUGCCGAUGUGCUCACUGCUGAGGGCUCAUUAUGGGAAAUAUCUGUUCUUUGGGACCGAUUGGUCGUUGCAAGCAACGUAGUUGAAGCAGCAAGUAUGGUGUGGGAUGAGGCACGCCGUCACCAAGCUACGCUGGAACAUCGACUGGACGCACUGCGUCGUCUGCGGGACCUUCAGCCUGGAGCAGCAUCGACCGUCGGCGGCAGAGCAUUUGACAACGAAAACGAGGGUCAAGACAGCAUUCUCCCUUUGGGAAAGUGCUGGCAAAUGGAUGAUCCAAUGGACACAACAUUUACGCGUAUUGUCGACAUCGUAUACACACGGGUUUAA